AUGUUGCAUAAAGUGCCGGAUUAUUCGAAGAAACGUCUGGGUCUCGGAGAAUAUGGUAAUGGUGUAUAUCUGACCGGAAAACAGAAAGUACAAGAAGAAGCGGAUAUGAAAAAGUGGUUUAUGAAUGUGGUUGCAAGUGACAUGAUAUCACUAAAUCGAAGUAUACCAGAUCAUCGUCAUGAACGGUGUCGUAAAAUUAGUUAUCCUGAUAAUUUACCAGUUGCUUCAGUAGUGAUUAUUUUCACUGAUGAAGCGUGGUCACCAUUAAUGCGAACUGUGCAUUCCGUUAUCAACAGAACACCAUUUAAAUUGCUACAGGAAAUCAUUCUAGUCGAUGAUUUUAGUCAAAGAGAUGAGUUGAAAGGCAGAUUAAAAGAAUACAUUAAACGCUUUGGCGGCAAAGUUCAUUUGAUACGGACACAGGAACGACAAGGUUUGAUAAGGGCGAAAUUACUGGGCGCGGAAAAAGCAGUUGGUGAUGUAUUGGUAUUUCUUGAUUCCCACUGUGAAGUAUCAGAAGGAUGGUUAGAACCACUACUGGCACGUAUCAAGGAUAAUCGGUCGGCUGUUCUCUGUCCUAUCAUUGAUCAUAUAUCAGCUGAAACAUUGGCUUAUUCUGGUAGUGAUCGUCCUGUUGAUGUUGGUGGGUUUUGGUGGAGCCUUCAUUUCCGCUGGGAUCCUUUGCCGAAGGAAGAUCGCAAUGCUGAUCCCACGAAACCAAUAAAGUCUCCAACGAUGGCAGGUGGUCUUUUGGCAGCAGACAGGUUAUAUUUUUUCGAAGUUGGUGGAUAUGAUCCUAAAAUGGAUAUAUGGGGUGGAGAGAAUCUUGAAAUAUCAUUUAGGGUGUGGAUGUGUGGUGGAAGUAUUGAAUUUAUUCCUUGUUCACAUGUUGGCCAUAUAUUUCGAGCCGGCCAUCCAUAUAACAUGACUGGGCCUGGUAAUAAUGAGGAUGUACAUGGCACCAAUUCAAAAAGAUUAGCAGAAGUGUGGAUGGAUGACUAUAAGAGAUUUUAUUAUCUUCAUCGGACAGAUUUGAAGAAUAAAGACGUUGGCGAUCUCUCAGAAAGGAGAGCUUUGCGUAAAAGAUUGAAUUGCAAGUCAUUCAAGUGGUAUUUGGAAAACGUGGCGAAAAAUAAAUUCGUUUUGGAUGAAAAUGUUAAAGCAUUUGGAGCGUUCCGAAAUCCCUCCAGUGGACUUUGUUUGGAUACACUGCAACAAAAUGAAGACAAGGCUAUAUUUCUUGGGGUUUUCUCAUGCCAAAGUGGUAAAAGCGAAGCUCAACUGUUUUCUUUGACAAAUGAUGGGAAGCUACGACGUGAGUUAACUUGCGCUAAAAUUUAUCAGAAUACUAUUGUGGACAACAAGGCAGCUGUUCAAUUAGUGUAUUGUGGAGAAAGUGAGAAAGAAGACAGAUGGAUUUUAAAGGAUAGCAAAUUGCGAAACGAAGAUGUGGAUCUUUGCUUGGAUGUGGUGGGACUAAAAAAUAAUGAUAAUAUAGUUGCACGCAGUUGUACAAACGACUUCGAUACGCAGAAGUGGGAAAUCCUGGAGAGUAGUUUGUAA